AUGUGUGUUGUUCAUGCAAACAGGGACAUCAAUUUUCCGGUUAAUCACCUUUCUUUCCGUCAAAGUUGUCAGUUACUGACAACAGCGCUUAGUCCAACGUAAUCUGCUUUGUUUCGCUUCAAUCUUUUUCGUUCUCAGCAUUUCCACCAACACUUAAAUGGCAAAAGCAAUCCUUUUGAGCAACAAAUGUUUCGGACACGAACAACUCUGGGCCACACGUUCAUUCCCCACGAUGCAACAAUUUAUCAACGGGAAGAAAAUAGACCUCAAGGGGAAGGCAGUAGCUUCCUUGAAUUCAAAUUCAAAGAGGGCAAAUUUGUUUGCUGCGAAAAAGGAGAGAAUCAGACUUCCAACAUAUAGUGAUGAUUUUGGAGGGAAGAAAUAUCACAUCAGUGAAUUUCUGAGCCACCCAAGUGGAAUUGCAGCCGUUUUGAACACAAAGGCCUUGCAAUCAUUUCAAUCUAUUGAUGGCAACACAUACAGAUGUGAACUGCCUAAACUUCAAUUUUUAAACUUUGAAGCUGCCCCAUUGCUAGAUCUUCGAGUUACCUCAACGGAUGAAGAUUGCUUGGUUGAGAUGCUUUCUUGUAAGUUUGAAGGUUCAGAAGUUGUGAAAGAGCAAAACCGCCACUUUUCAGCAUUCAUGGUAAACCACAUGAAAUGGGGUGGUGCUGGUGCCGAAUCAUAUUUAGAAGUUGAUGUUAAGUUAAAUCUCACACUUGAGAUCUACACACAACCAUUUACCAUGAUGCCUACUUCUGCUGUUGAGGGUCCGGGAAAUAUAAUGAUGCAGGCUUUGGUGGACAAGUUGGUGCCACUGCUACUACAGCAGAUGCUACAAGAUUAUGAUGCCUGGGUUGAAAAGCAAUCAUACUCUCUUAAAUCAGGAUUCUAGGUAUAGAGAAGUUGCAUGUACACAAUUUUUGGAUACAGACAACAGAGAGAGAGGAAGAACAGUUGAUGUUUCUGGGAAAAGGAGAAAGAAUAUAGAUUUCUGAGAGACCCUUGGUUGAAAUCUGUGUCCAUGUAAACAAUACACUUCUAGUUAGUAACAGUUUCUCUUUCUCUGUUUCUUUUAUUUAACAUUAUCACAAUACAUUCUAUCUACCUCCUAAGCAUUAUGGCUAGCUUAACACCAGUGAGAUGCAAAGAUACAACCAUAAUGAAUAUCAGUAUAUAAAUGACAAAUGGUAAAAGUUUACAAAA